CGUCGACGCAUAUGCAAACCAACCAAACACGCCGCAUUGGGCAAUACGCAUCGCGAUCGAUUUUCAAUUAAACGCUGCAACUCCUUCCUUCCUCCAGCAAACAAACUCCAGAGCAUGGGAUACGCCCAUUCAAUUGAGCCGACACGUCCCUGACCCCCUUCUACCGCACCAAUACGCCCACCCGCGCCGUGAGGGUCAAUGGCCUUUCCCCUCCCGCGGGGCAUCACGCCCCCGGAGAUCUCUUUCCUGGCCGAGAUGGAGAUGGUCACCAUUCUACCUCGUCAGCGGCUCGAAGGCCUUGAGCUCCUAGGAGGCCCCGUCGAACCCCUUCUCCCACCCCGACGCGCCUCCCUCCCCCUCUGGCUCGCCCUCCUCCUCAAACGCCAACGCCGCGCCAACAUCCUCCCCCCGCCCUGGCUACACCCCGAAUCCCUCGAACUGAUCCUCGAAAUCGAGACCAAAGACGACGACUACCAGCACGUCUUCUCCCCGCCCCCGCCCCUCCCAGGCCAACCCACCCCGCGAGACCGUCGUCCACCCACCAUCAGAUCCCAGUACACGCCCUCAGGGGAGAAAUACCACCCCGCACCUCCCUUCCUACCCGAAAACACAACCCGCGAUCAUAUCCCGCCCGGGGAGCCGCCGGCCCUACCGUUCCAUUGGCUGGAGGUGGGGACGAUGUUGCUGGAAGCGGCGAGUGAUGAUCUGGUGGAGCCGGAUCAGACGAGACGGUUGUUGAAGGAGUUGAGGGAAGUGAGGAUGGCGAAGAUUCGGUCGGGCGUGGAUGUGCUGGAUGCGGCGGCGAUGGGGGGUGGGGGGGUGGCGUUGACGGGGGUUGGGGCGAUGGAGUUGGGGGAGGGAAGGAGGUUUAUUGCUGGGGUGGUGGAUGGACUUAGACGGAUUGGAGCGUCAAAGGAACAGGCUCGGCGGGAGGAAAUGGCUGAGGGCAUGGCCAAUGGAGGGUAUGAUGGCACGCAGGACUAUGAGGAUGAUGAAAUGGAGUUUUAGAUCGAUAUCAGAAGCUUUCGCGUUGUUUGUUGUUUCAGGACGGAGUUCUCGGACGGAUAUAUUGACAUGCGCAUACAUGAUCGUUCAGAUGUAUAUACCCUAUAUCAGUGAUGGAUUGUUGGCAGUAAAGGUCAUUCUAGAGGU